UGAUUUUGUGCCAGAGAACAAUCUGCCUUUGGGGAUCGAUGUGUUCGGCGACCGGAUGUUCAUAACUACUCCACGAUGGAAGGAUGGCGUUCCCGCUAGUCUUAACUAUCUCCCAUUUCCCACAAAAGAACGGAGUCCUGCCUUACGCCCAUAUCCCGAUUGGAAUGCUCAUAGUGCUGUUCAACAACCGAACUGCGCCAAACUCAUAUCCGUUUACCGCAGCUCGAUCGAUGUUUGCGGCCGUUUGUGGUUAAUCGAUUCGGGCAUCGUAAACGCUACAGUAAACUUAAACCAGAUUUGCCCACCAAAAAUCGUCGCUUUCGAAUUAGCUACCGAUGAAAUGGUGGUCAGCUUUACACUACCGCCGGAGCAAGUCAAACAGGACUCAUUGCACUCGAAUAUUUUGGCCGAUGUGCGCGCGAGUCAAUGCGAUGAUGCCCACGUCUAUGUUACGGAUGUUUGGCGCUUCGGAAUAGUCGUCUACAGUUUGGCCAAGAAUCGCAGUUGGCGAGUUACGAACUACAAUCUUAAUCCGAAUCCGGUUGCAUCUGAUUUUAAUGUUUAUGGACUGAACUUCCAGUGGUUAGACGGUGUAUUUGGUAUGAGUUUGUCCUUGGUGCAGCACAACAAGUCUACGCUGUAUUUUCAUCCAAUGGCUAGUUUUAAGGAGUUUGCUAUUUCUACAGACCUUUUACGAGACGAGAGCCUGUGGCCAGCGCGUGCUCAGGAGGUAGCCAAACAUUUCGUCGAAAUCGGCGAUCGCGGACCCUUAAGCCAGUCGUCUGCAGCCGGUAUUGCUCGAAACGGAGUUAUGUUCUACACACAGGUGCAUCAGGAUAAUAUCGGUUGUUGGGAUACCGCGAAGCCAUAUGUGCGUGGCAAUUUAGCAAUGUUGCUAAGCAGCAGGCAAACAUUGGUGCAGUUCCCCAACGAUAUGAAGAUUGACCAGGAACCCCAGCAGGGUGUCUGGGUGAUGAGCAAUCGCCUCCCGAUCUAUCUCUACGGUCAGCUGGAUUACAGCGAUAUUAAUUUCCGUAUUUUGCGCGCAGAAGUGGAAGAAGUCAUUCGCAACUCCGUGUGUGACCCGAAAGUAAAGGAAGUGCACGCUGACAUCCCCGUUGUGGUGGAGUUACACGAGGGACAAUGUUACUGAGUUUUUAGUUCUAUUUUUUGCCAAACUUAUUUUAUAAAAAUUCGAAUUGCAAAUCACAUUAAAAAUGUUUAAUAAAGUAAUGAAUAUGAAGAAAAUGCA